ACUUACGAAAGUAGCUAAUUCGAAUACACAUCCGUUUAUAGCACUUCCAGCACGUUUGGGUCAGACUUCCAUCUGUAACGCGAAUAAGUAGUCUUAUUUACAGCCUACUAAUACUAAUAGGAAAAAUUGAAAUGACUGAAGAAGAUCCCGUCUUUGAUCCGACCUUGAAGAAAAAGAAGAAGAAGAAGAAGCCAAUCAAUCUAGAAGAUACAGAACAGGCAUCAGAGAGCCAAGGGCAUGUGGAAGAUGAAGGAGUUAAAGAAAUAACAGAAAAAGUUGAUGAUUUAGAUUUCAAUUCGUUAAAAAAAAAGAAAAAGAAGGUCUAUUUCGAUCCCGAAUCGCAGAAAACUGAAGAGGGUGAUAAUGAAGGACUUGAUGAUAACUUCUCUUUUGAUAAGAAAAAGAAGAAGAAAAAAGUACGCGGCACAGACCUAGACCAAGUAGAUUCCAUGGCCCCCAAAGGAAAGGAGAACGGUACCACAUUACUGAUAGAUUCAGAUAGAGAAUACACUUAUGAAGAAUUAUUACAAAGAGUGUUCGAUAUAAUGCGAGAAAAGAAUCCCGACAUGGUUGCUGGAGAAAAGAGAAAGUUUGUUAUGAAACCACCUCAAGUAAUGAGAGUAGGAACGAAAAAGAGCUCUUUUGCAAACUUUCAUGAAAUCUGUAAAAUGUUGCAUCGUACGCCAAAGCAUCUUAUGGCAUUUUUACUGGCUGAAUUGGGUACAAGCGGAGCCAUCGAUGGCAAUAAUCAAUUGAUCAUCAAGGGACGGUUUCAGCAAAAGCAAAUCGAGAGUGUCCUCAGAAGAUAUAUUAAGGAAUAUGUCACGUGCCAUACAUGCAAGUCUCCUGAAACUAUAUUAUCGAAAGAUACAAGAUUAUACUUUUUGCAAUGUGAAAGUUGUGGAUCGAGAUGUUCUGUCGCUUCUAUUAAAUCUGGAUUUCAAGCCGUUACUGGAAAAAGAGCGGCUAUUCGAGCUAAAACUAAUUAA